CAUAUUGUUUGUGUGAGAGAAGCAAAUUCUCGAAGGCAAGGAGAUAGAGGGGAUUACUUACAUUUUAUUUAUUAGCAAGGGAGAGUUUUUCGCAUACAUAGGACAGAAUGGAGACGGCAGCGAGUCCUGCGAAGGAUAACUACAGGAUGAACCGCUACAAGAACAAAGCCUUGAACCUGGAGGAGAUGCGGCGUCGCCGGGAGGAGGAGGGCAUCCAGCUCAGGAAACAGAAGCGGGAGCUGCAGCUUUUCAAAAGGAGAAACGUGGAGCUGCUGAACGAGGAGGCAGCCACGUUUGAAUCUCCCCUCAUGGACCCGUUCUUUACAUCUGCCUCCACCCCGGAUGGAGUCAUCACAAGAGACAUGGUGGAGAUGCUUUUCUCCGACGACCCAGAACUCCAGCUAGCCACAACACAGAAGUUUAGGAAACUACUAUCCAAAGAGCCCAAUCCACCCAUAGAUGAGGUCAUCAGCACACCUGGGGUAGUGAAUAGGUUUGUGGAGUUCCUCCAUAAAAGCACCAAUUGCACAUUACAGUUUGAGGCGGCCUGGGCUCUCACCAACAUCGCAUCCGGCACGUCCCACCAGACCAAGGUGGUCAUCGAGGCCGGGGCUGUGCCCGUCUUCAUCGAGCUCCUCAACUCCGACUUUGAAGACGUCCAGGAACAGGCAGUAUGGGCCUUAGGCAACAUUGCGGGCGACAGCGCCAUGUGCAGAGACUACGUGCUGAACUGCAACAUCCUCCCGCCGUUACUAACACUGCUGACCAAAUCAACCAGGCUGACCAUGACCAGGAAUGCUGUAUGGGCCUUGUCCAACCUCUGCAGAGGCAAAAGCCCGCCGCCUGACUUUGAAAAGGUGUCCCCGUGUCUGCCCGUGCUGUCACGCCUGCUCUUCAGCAGCGACAUUGACCUGCUGGCCGACGCCUGCUGGGCUCUGUCCUAUCUUUCGGACGGGCCCAACGAGAAGAUCCAGGCCGUCAUCGACUCUGGUGUCUGCCGGAGACUGGUGGAGCUACUCAUGCACACAGACUACAAAGUGGCCUCACCUGCAUUGCGAGCUGUGGGGAACAUUGUCACCGGCGAUGACAUUCAGACUCAGGUGGUGCUGAACUGCUCGGCCCUGCCCUGCCUCCUCCACCUCCUGAGCAGCGCCAAGGAGUCCAUCAGGAAGGAGGCCUGCUGGACCAUCUCCAACAUCACAGCAGGGAACAGGGUUCAGAUCCAGACCGUAAUAGAUGCAAACAUCUUCCCCGUGCUCAUCGACAUCCUGCAGAAGGCCGAGUUCCGCACCCGGAAGGAGGCGGCCUGGGCCAUCACCAACGCCACCUCAGGGGGAACCGCUGACCAGAUCAGAUACCUGGUGAACCUGGGUUGCAUUAAGCCCCUCUGUGACCUACUGACGGUGAUGGACUCUAAGAUCGUGCAGGUGGCCCUGAAUGGCUUGGAGAAUAUCUUGCGGCUGGGGGAGCAGGAAGCCAAGCAAAGCGGCACUGGCAUCAACCCCUACUGCGGCCUCAUCGAGGAGGCCUAUGGACUGGACAAGAUUGAGUUCCUGCAGAGCCAUGAGAACCAGGAGAUCUACCAGAAGGCCUUCGACCUGAUCGAACACUACUUUGGUGUGGAGGAGGAGGACGCCAACCUUGCCCCGCAGGCUGAUGAGAACCAACAGCAGUUUCUCUUUGCCCAGCAGGAGGCCCCCAUGGAAGGCUUCCAGCUAUAACACCCCCCUUCCUUCUUCACUCUGAUCCCCCUUAGAUAUCCAGCCCUGUUUCCCCUGUGUAUUCCCUGAUCAAUCAGAGCUGUGCGGAACAUAGAACCGUGCGGCUGGGCCGAGGGCAGAACCGAAAGAGAACCUAGCAGCGCCCCAUUACUAUCAGAUACACACAGAAGCAAAAGGGGGUAUAAACCCUUUGUCCUCCCCCCUUAUGGCUAGGUCAGAGACUUGUUCAGAGGAAGAAUAUCACUGCUGAAACCAGAAAUUCUUUCAAGUUUUAUUUAAGGUCUUUUUAGAUCAAUUUUUAAUUUAAUUUAUGUUUUUUUUUUUUUUUUGUGGGCCCGU